AUGGAUUUUGAAAAUAUCUCAUCGUGGAUUUCAGAAAACAUCAAAAAGAAAGAAUGUACAUAUUAUAUGGAAAGUUCAAAUAUUGCCAAGACGAGAAAAAAGGUUUGUAUGUGUGGAUACCCUAAAGAACAUCACAUUGAAGCAGCCUUCAGACAACAGCCAUUCCAAAGCAAAGGGGAAUGGGAUUCCAAAGAACAUAUACGUGAGGUGCCCACAGAUGCCUUUGGAGAUAUCAGCUUUAUUGGGAUGGGUCCGAGAAUAGGAAAGUAUGUACGAGUGUCCUCAGAUACUCCAUCAAAUCUGCUUUAUCAACUAAUGACUGAACAGUGGGGUUUGGAAAUUCCCAAUCUAUUGAUUUCAGUAACUGGAGGAGCCAAGAAUUUUCGCAUGAAGAUGAGAUUAAAAAAUAUUUUCCGGCGGGGUUUAGUUAAAGCUGCACAAACAACAGGUGCCUGGAUAAUAACUGGGGGCUCACAUGCUGGUGUAAUGAAACAAGUUGGGGAAGCAGUGCGAGACUUCUCAAUGGGCAGCAGCAGUAAGGAAAAUGACAUUGUCACAAUUGGCAUAGCUACAUGGGGUAUUAUUCAUAAUAGAGACAGCCUGCUCUCCGCAACUGGUUCUUUUCCAGCUGAGUAUCAGUUAGAUGAGGAGAACCAGGAAAACCUUACUUGCUUAGAUAACAACCAUUCACAUUUUAUCCUGGUGGAUGAUGGAACCAAUGGGAAAUAUGGUGUGGAAAUCCUACUAAGAGCAAAGCUGGAAAAAUUCAUUUCUGAACAGACAAAGGAGAAAGGAGGUGUUGCCAUCAAAAUUCCCAUUGUGUGUGUGGUACUGGAGGGAGGACCUGGAACACUUGAUACGAUAUACAAUGCAAUUAGCAAUAAUACUCCGUGUGUUAUAGUGGAAGGAUCAGGAAGAGUGGCUGAUGUCAUCGCACGUGUUGCUGACCUGCCGAUUUCAAAAAUCACAAUUUCUCUUAUCCAGGAGAAGCUACACUCUCUGUUCAAUGACACAUUUGACACGUUUACAGAACUCAAGAUUGUUGAGUGGACCAAGAAGAUUCAAGACAUUAUGAGAAAUAAACAACUUCUGACAAUCUUCCAGGAGGACAAGGAUGACCAGCAUGAUAUUGAUGUAGCUAUUCUUCAAGCAUUGCUUAAGGCAUCGUUAAGCCAUGAUCACCAAGGCCAUGAAAACUGGGAUCACCAACUGAAGUUGGCUGUGGCAUGGAACAGGGUUGAUAUUGCUAGAAGUGACAUUUUUACAGAUGACCAUCAAUGGAAGCCCUCAGAUCUUCAUCCAGUCAUGACAGCAGCAUUAAUAGGUAAUAAGCCUGACUUUGUAAAGCUUUUCCUGGAACAUGGUGUCCGUCUGGAGGAAUAUGCCACUCAGGAAACGUUAAUCAAUCUGUACAACAACACUGAUCCAUCCUGUCUGUUUCAUGGUAAAUUAGCUAAACUUAUUGAAGAGGAAAGACUAAGAUUGGGAAAUUUUAAACCAUCGAAAAUUCGUCUCCACCAUGUUUCUCAAAUCUUGAAAGAACUGUUGGGUGACUUUACUAAACAUCUUUAUCCAAAACCAAAGAACACAGAGCGACCUCGUCUGUCAAUUGCAGUGCCGCACAUAAAAAUAAAUGUACAAGCAGUUACUCUCAGAUCAUUCCAUAAACGUUCUCAAGGAAGAGCUUCCUGUACUAUGGAUCCAGUCAGGGAUCUUUUAAUUUGGGCUAUCGUACAAAAUCGCAAAGAGCUGGCAGAAAUUAUAUGGGCCCAGUGUUAUGAUUGCAUUGCAGCUGCUCUUGGUUGCAGUAAGAUUCUCAAAGAACUUUCUAAAGAGGAAGAAGACACUGAUAGCUCUGAAGAGAUGUUAGCAUUGGCAGAAGAAUUUGAACAAAGAGCUAUAGGUAUUUUUACAGAGUGUUACAGAAAGGAUGAAGACCGAGCUCUAAAGCUUCUCAUUCGUGUAUCUGAAGCCUGGGGAAAGACCACCUGUUUGAAAUUAGCCCUUGAAGCCAAAAAUAUGAAAUUUGUAUCCCAGGGAGGUGUUCAGGCAUUUCUAACCAGAGUCUGGUGGGGAGAGUUAAGUGUUGACAAUGGACUCUGGAGGGUGAUACUGUGUAUGCUGUUUUUCCCUCUUCUCUACACCCGUCUGAUAACUUUCAGGACUCAGACAGUUUGUCCCAUUGGGUUUAAGAAGACGCAAACUAUGACUUUCACUGAGCGACUUCAAGCUUUUUUCAUGGCCCCAAUAGUCAUCUUCCAUCUGAAUAUUCUCUCUUACUUUGGCUUCCUCAUGCUCUUUGCGUAUGUGUUAAUGAUAGAUUUCCAACCGGUUCCUUCCUGGAGGGAGCAUGUUAUAUAUUUUUGGCUUUUCUCGCUUGUCUGUGAGGAAAUAAGACAGCUGAUAUAUGACCCUGAUGGAUUUGGUCUUAUGAAACAGGCAACACUAUACAUCAUUGACUUUUGGAAUAAAUUGGAUGUCUGUGCCAUUCUUAUUUUCAUCGCUGGUCUAACAUGCAGGUUAAUUCCAGCUACAUUUUAUCCAGGAAGGAUCAUACUGUCAUUAGAUUUUGUUAUCUUCUGUUUGCGGCUAAUGCACAUAUUUACCAUCAGCAAAACCCUUGGACCAAAAAUCAUAAUAGUGAAGAGAAUGAUGAAGGAUGUGUUCUUCUUCCUCUUCCUAUUGGCUGUUUGGGUUGUAUCUUUUGGAGUUGCUAAGCAGGCUAUUCUAAUCCAUAAUGAAAUGAGAGUUGACUGGAUAUUCCGAGGCGUUGUUUACCACUCUUAUAUGACAUUGUUUGGACAAAUUCCAUCCUACAUAGAUGGCGUUAACUUCAGUAUUGACCAAUGUACUGUAAAUGGAACUGAUCCAAACAAACAGAAAUGCCCUGAGUCUACCAAGGAUAACCCACAACCCAUCUUCCCUCAGUGGCUGACUGUGAUCCUUCUAUGUCUGUAUUUGCUGUUCACCAAUAUUCUACUGCUAAAUCUUCUGAUAGCCAUGUUUAACUACACAUUUCAGCAAGUCCAGGAACAUACCGAUCAGAUAUGGAAAUUCCAGCGCCACGACCUAAUUGAGGAGUAUCAUGGUCGACCACCAGCCCCUCCCCCAUUUAUUCUUUGCAACCAUCUACAUAUGUUUGUGAAACAGGUCAUUCUUCAUAAGCCAGCUGGAAGACAGAUGCAACUCAAAGAAAAGCUGGAGAAAAAUGAAGAAGCUGCUCUGCUCUCCUGGGAAAACUACUUGAAAGAGAAUUAUCUUCAGCACAUUCACUACCAGCUAAAGCAGAGCACAGAGCAAAAGAUCAGAGAUACGUCUGAAAAAAUGAAUACAGUCAUUGACCUGUUGGAACUGGAUCAAGCAAAGAGAACUGGAUCCAUGGAGAACAGACUGGUCUUCUUAGAAGAACAGGCCCUUAGGUCUGCUAAAGCCUUAAACUGGAUUGUCAACACACUCCUGGAAAAUGGUUUUGGAUCGAGAGAAUCUGCUCCCGUUAUUGUAUCCAAUAAGUUAAUUGAAGAUAUAGACUUGGGUGAUAAGGAUGAAUCCAUCAGAAUUCAGUGUCACAUCAAUGCCAGGAAUAUUCGUUACCCUGAUUCUAAUGUCAUCCGUUUUCCUGUCCCAGAUGAGAAAGUACCUUGGGAGGUGGAGUUUGCAAUUUAUAACCCUCCUUUUUACACUGUUAUUAGAAAGGAUAAAAUAAACCAUGAUCCAUAUACAGACUCUUUAGAGACUCUUCUAAAAAAUAAGUAUAAUGCUAUGGAUGGGAAUAUCAAUCGAGAAAGCUUUUGUGCCUUAUAUGUGGUUGAAGAUGGAUUACCUUUAAAUCCAAUUGGUCGAACUGGGUUGAAAGGAAGAGGAAGUUUGUGCUGGCUUGGACCAAAUCAUGCAAUGCAUCUUAUAAUAUCACAGUGGAGAAGAAACAGAGAUGGAUCAAUAGGCAGGAAGAAGUCAAAGAAAAUGCUGGAGAUCUUGGCCAUUAAAAGCACUUCAUCAGAACUGUGGGCACUUCCUGGGGGUUCAUUGGAGCCAGGAGAAACCCUCCCACUGAAAAUUAGGAGAAUCCUAAGGCCAACAUUCAUUGAGAAAUUUCAUCAGAUGCUUAAGAGGAGCUCUGAAGUAUACAAAGGAUAUGUUGAUGAUCCUAGAAAUACUGACAAUGCUUGGAUAGAAACAACAGCACUCAGCUUGCACUAUAAUAGCCUAGAUGACCCAGAUUUUCAAGAACUGCAUCAGAACAUAAAGAGCCAUGAUCCAGAGAGUUGUGUCAGAUGGCAGGUUGUUGACCAGAAGAUACCGCUUUAUGCCAAUCACAAAGAAAUUCUGCAGAAGGUGGUGGAUUGUCACCAUGCAUACUACUAG